AUGAUACGACGAACCCAGACACCGUUGAGUCUUGUGUAUGACGAAAAAGAAGCCCACGGCUCAUUUGUCGGCGCUGGCAGCACAGGCCGUGUCGAACUGGUGCACGGCGGAAAACCAGUCCGAAAAGUCGUAACCCCGGCUCUAAAGGGUCACAGUGUAUAUUUGGUCGAUGAGAUGCGCCGCGAUAUCGAAAUCGACAAGCAUCUGCCCAGGGAUAGCCGCCGAACUCUGCAUAUGCCGAACUCGAUUGGCCAUGGAGAUCUCGCCUACAUUGAAACGUCAAGCGCCAUCAUGCUCCGUCCUCAAGUCUGCGGGCAGGGCACGGUAAAUACAGACGGUCCCACGGGCAACGCUAUCGUGCCACACCGUCUUCCGGUACCUAACGAACACCUGGUUUGA